AUGAGCGGUAGUGAUAUGUACUUCUUAAUAAAGUGCGGAGAUUUUUAUGUGUUGCCCAGCAAAAAGAUUUCUAAUAGUACUGGGCAAAAGUGUCAAGCAAAAUUCGGCGGAUGCAAGUAUGAAGCCGAGACAAUUGAAUCCAAUGAUAAUGCUGGUUUAUUAAUAAAGAAAUGCAAAGAGCUUAAUGCAAAACUAGAUCAUGAUCUCCUUUCUGAAGAAGAAUCAGUUCGUAAGCCUGACAAUGACAAUACCAAUGAUAAUGAUGAGGAAUUCAUCCCGCCCGAACGCAAGCGCCGGAGCAAUGCUGACGAACAAAUACAUACUGAAUUUAUAAACGAAGACUUGAAUAUACUUACGCUUUCUGAUGACGAAAACUUCCAGCCCGCAAAUAAUGACAUAAAUGACAUAAAUGAUGAGGAGUAUUGCCCGCAAAAACCUCUCGAUGAUGAUCUCCUUUCUGAAGAAGAAAAUGUUUGUAAGCCUGACAAUCACAAUACCAAAAAUAAUGAUGAGGAAUUUAUUACGCCCAUACGCAAGCGCCGAAGCAGGUCGCCCACUGGUUUUAUAAAACGGGUACGUUGGACGAGAGAGGAGCGUUUUGAAAUGAUGAAAGCGUUCGGUAAUGCAAAAACCAUGAAGGAUCUGCCGUCCCUCAAACAGUGCAACAACGUAAUUAAAAACUCGACAUAUUUGAAAAAUCGUUCUGCGGCGCAGCUGAAGACAUGGUUAGAUAACCAGCGGAAAGCUGAGGCGAGAAAGCACAUGUAA